UAUUGGAAUUAGGUAGGUCUGCUCACCUUCCUUUUUCCUCAGGAUUCCCCCCAUGCCUACUUCCCUCUCCCUCUCCUACAAUCUCUGACACUUUUGAUUCAAUACCCACUUCCCCAUUUCCCACAAACCUCUUCUCUUUAUAUCACUUCUUUCUUUCUUUAUUCUCUCUCUCUCACACUCAUAACUCCUUCUUCCUUCCUCCUUCUUCCUUCUUCAAAUUUACAGAGCAUACCACCAUGUCCAAAUCCCUCCACGACUCUUCCUUCUCUUUCUCCAGGCGCUACUUCAACUGGAAAAACAAAUUUCACGAUUCUAAACAACAAGACGAAGAAGAACAACAACAACAUCAACAAAUCUUAUCCUUCAGUUUAUCCUCCCGAUUCACUGAAGAAGACAGGGAACUCGACCUCAAAACCAAAAUCCCCAACAAACCUUCAUCCUCUUCCAAUCGUCCUGUUUCCAAGCUCCGAACCGCUCUAACAGUCUUCACCCGGAUCCGACCCACCCCCCACCGCUCCCGCCUCGGCGGCCGGGUCAUCGGUACACUAUUCGGCUACCGACGAGGCCACGUCUAUUUCGCAAUACAAGAAGACCCAAAGCAGAGUCCAACGUUUUUAAUCGAGCUCUCAACGCCGACCAGUGUUCUGGUUCGAGAAAUGGCAUCUGGGUUAGUCCGGAUCGCGUUGGAAUGUGAAAAGAAAACAGAGAGGAGGAAAAAUUGCAAGUUAGUGGAAGAAGCACUUUGGAGAACGUAUUGUAAUGGGAAGAAAUGUGGGUAUGGUAGUAGAAGAGAAUAUGGGGCAGAGGAGCAGAAGAUUCUAAAGGCGGUGGAGCCGAUCACUAUGGGAGCUGGGGUUUUGCCGCCGGGGAAUGGAUCCGAUGGAGAAUUAAUGUACAUGAGGGCGAGAUUCGAGCGGGUGAUUGGGUCGAAGGAUUCAGAAGCUUAUUACAUGAUGAGCCCAGAUUGUAAUGGAGGGCCUGAACUCAGCAUUUACUUGCUUAGGGUUUAAAGUUCUGAUCUCUGUUUUCGUCUUUUUUUUGUGAUUAAUCAAAUUCUGGGGAUGGUGGUUUGAGGGACUCGAUGCAUUGUUCUUCCUUACAAGUAAUGCUGCAUUGAUUUUGAUGUAUAGUUUUCUUCUUUUUUGUUCAGAUUGGUUUGUGGUGGAAUCGGAAAAUUUUCCCAUUUCAAGCCUGUGUUCAUCUUUA